AUGACAGACGGAGGUUACGCACAAUGGAGGGCCCAUAUGGCCGAGAGGGCGCGCAACGGGAAUGAAGCAGACGGCUGGGAUGUUGCCGGGCGUUGGGACAAAGUCAACGACCUUGCCUUGUUCACUUUCUGGCGGAGCGGCGCCGACUUUGAAAUCAAGACCCGCGACGGCGUGCUAGCUGCCCCCUCAUAUCUCUUGCAAGGAGCAUCCGGCGCAAAGCGCAUCGAACUCGACGAGGACUACGACGUUGUUUACGAUUUCCUGUCUGUGGUGUGCGACGGCAUCUUCCCCCCUCCCAGCAACAAUACCGAUCUCACUUCGGACCACGACCGUCUUGUCGGUCUCAUUGGGUUCGUGCACAAGUACGAUUGCAAGGCAAUCACCGCCCUAUUCGUCCAAUACACCAAGACUCGCUGCAGCAAACACCCGGUCGGGCGAUACAAGGACGCGUUCUCCCGUCUCCUCGUCGCCAUGCACCUCGAGCGUGACGAUCUCGUCAUCGACCUCUUCGAGUACUACCCCGAAGCGUUCAAGUGGCUCUCGCGCGGCAUCCGCGGAUUCGGAGACGAGCCCAUCUCCCUCCCAUACUCUUCCUUCGUCCUCAUUCCCAGCAACUACCUCUGGGCUCUUUCGGCUGCCGAGGUCUGGAACAUCAUGAAAGUCCCCUUCUCGGCUGGUGGGUGGGGUGAGGUGCUGGGUACACCCCGUGUUCGCUUUGAGCACUUCAUGAAGGAGACCAAAGAGCUCGAUGACGUUCAGCGCUUGAAAGCACUCAACUUUGCCGGCCCGUAG